AUGGAUCCCAGCUAUUCAUUGAGCUGCUACUUGUUGAUCGCUUUUUCUUGGAUUGACUUGUUGAAUCUUUUACUGACCUCGCUAUUCACUUCCAUAGGAUUCGGUUCCAACACUCAGACUCAAAAUCCGUCUCUCUUCGGUUCCGGAAAUCAAAAUCGCACUACUGGAUUCGGAACAAACACCAAUACCGGUCAGAAUCUCUUUGGUGCCAAUACCACCCCAAACACAGGCACGACCUCUGGGUUCGGCUCUACUGGUUUUGGAUCCACCACCGGCGGAACUACUGGCUUCGGCAGCAGUACCAACCCUAGUACUGGUGGAAUCUUUGGCAACAAAGGAACUGGCUUCGGUACCUCCAACACAGGCGGCACCUUUGGCUCGUCUGGUACCACUGGCUUUGGCACAGGUGCGGCCACCACUGGUUUCGGGGGUACCGGCACUGCAUUCCAAGGUGCCCAGACUUGCGAGGGCACUGGCGGUACUCCGUUCAACCCGUUCACUGAGAAGGACCAAAACUCAACUGCGACAAACCACUACCAGAGCAUCAGUUUCAUGCAACCCUACAGCAAGUUCUCCUUCGAAGAGCUGAGACUUGCCGACUAUCAACAAGGACGCCGUUUCGGUAACGCCAGUGGACAACCUGGUGGCUUUGGUGCUCCGGCCUUUGGUUCUUCUACUGGAUUCGGAGGUCAACAGGCCAGUACGGGCUUCGGCACCAGCACUACUCCGUUUGGUGGUGCGACUACUACCUCUGCGCCAACCGGCUUUGGUACCACUCAGACAACCAGUGCUUUCGGUAACAGCCAGACCGGAACAAACCCUUUGUUUGGCGCUAAGCCUGCAACCUCGAUGUUCGGCGGUGCCACUCAGACUCCCGCACAGACGGGAUCAAUGUUUGGUGGCGGCACCACGACCAACACCCCUGGUGGAUUCGGUACCAGCACCACUACCCCCAGCACCGGAUUCGGGACCAACACCGGUGGCUCCCUGUUUGGCGGCGCUCAGCAGAACAAGCCGGCUUUCGGCGCCGGUACGACAAGCACUGGGUUCGGUGGCGGAUUUGGUACUCCUCAGACUACCACUGCAAGCAAUCCCUUCGGCACCACCACUGCCACCACCACGCCAUUUGGCGGAGCUCAACAGCAACAGCCCGCUGGGACUGGCUUUGGCUUUGGUAACACCCAGGCCCAGGCCCAAAAGCCCGCCGGUAUCUUCGGGGGCCAGGGUGGGUUCGGAGCGAACACUCAGCAGCAACAAACCGGCACGGGCUUGUUCAACAACACUCCUGGUCAGACGACCACUGGCACUUCGAUCUUCGGCGGUGGUCAGACCCAGCAAGCACAACCUGCAACCUCGAUGUUUGGUGGCGGCCAGGCCCAACAGCCUGCUGCCGGGACUGGUCUUUUCGGCGGUGCUCAGAACCAGCAGAAGCCCGCUACUUCGAUGUUCGGUGGUGGUACCACUGCUACUCCUGGUGGAUUUGGCAGCAGCUUUGGUAACACCCAGACUCAGGCGGGUGGCUCUAGCCUGUUCGGUGGCGCGCAGACUCAGCAGGCCAAGCCUAGCAUGUUCGGGUCGACCACUCCUUCCACUGGCGGUAUCUUCGGUGGUCAGACCACAGCGAAUCAAACUGGAACCUCUCUUUUCGGUGGUGCUCAGAGCCAGCAACAACAGCCUGUUGGAAGCAGCAUCUUCGGUGGCUCGCAGGCUGCACAGCAGCAACCGCAACAGCCUAUUCCCGGCAGCCUCCAAGCCUCAUUCCUCGAUGCUAACCCCUACGGUAGCCAGUCCAUUUUCUCUGGCCUUCCGAGCCCGAUAGUGUCCUCCCCCGGCCCUCUUGCUACGCCUCUAUCCUCCAGCAUCAAGCAGAAGCAGCGGACCCCUCUACCGGUCUACAAGAUCACACCCAAUGCUGCUAACCGACUCAUCACCCCGCCCAGACGUCAGGGCUACGGAUUCUCCUAUUCGACCUACGGCUCGCCCUCUAGCACCGCCAGUACUCCAGGCUCUGGCUUGAGCAGCAGCCUUUUGGGCGGCAGUGGUAGCGGCAGUCUCCGUGGCAGCAUCAGCGGCAGCCUGGGUCGUAGCUUCAGUAAGAGCUACUCAACUAGCAACUUGCGCAAGACUUUCAUUCCGGAUGAGGACAGCGUUCACUCUCCCGGUGCUCUUCUGCCUACCGGUGCUCGCAGCAACGGCGGUAGUCUCAAGCGUCUAACCAUUGACCGCUCCUUGAGAAACGAUCUAUUCUCACGCCCGGCUAGCACCUCGCCUGCCCCCGUCACUAAUGGUGAUGACUUGCACUCGGCUGACAAGCUUAAGAAGAAGGUCAGCUUCGACUCCACUCCUUCUGGUGGCGAGAUCGUCCGCGUGGAAUCCAAGAGCCCUGAGCCAACUGCCGAAGAGCUCGGCUUCCUUCGCUCUACCCGCAAGAGUGGUACCCUCAAUGGCAUCGAUAGAGAACUCGAGCGUCCUGAGAUGGAGUCUGUUCGCCGUGAUCUCGCUGUCGUCCCCGAAAAUGCCGAGCCCGCCCCUGAUGGCUCCUCCAUCAAGCGCCUUUCCUUCAUCCCCGGCGGAGACCCCAAGCCUGGCGACUACUGGAUGACGCCGUCGCAUGCCGAGCUUUCCAAGAUGUCCCGUGAUCAGCUGAAGAAGGUUGUGAAUUUCACUGUGGGACGUCAGAACUGCGGUGAAGUUACUUUCAACGGUGCUGUCGACCUCACUAGCGUCGACUUGGACAACCUCUUUGGUGGAAUCGUUGACAUUGGCGUUCGUAAGAUUACUGUCUACCCCGAGGAAAGUGUGAAGCCUGCUAUGGGCAAGGGCCUCAACGUUCCCUCCACCCUGCGUAUUCAGAACUCCUGGCCCCGUGGCCGCGAUCGCAAGAACCCGCUGCCCAUUACUAGCGGCCCUCUCUUCGACAAGCACGUUGACCGUCUGCGCAAGGUCACCGAUACCGAGUUUGUCGACUACGAAACCGACACCGGCACUUGGGUCUUCAAGGUCCCCCACUUCACCACUUAUGGUCUUGACUAUGAUGAGGACGAAGGUGAGAGUCUUGAGCAGAGCACCCUUGGUGCAGGCCCUGAUGACAAUCGCACUCCUAAGGCCUCGGACGACCACCCUGCGAGCUUUGAGCAAUCCGCGACUUUCUCCAUCGACGAGUCGUUUGUUGGUUCCAUGGCAGGUGUCGACGAUGACACGUUCGAUUUUAAGAAGCGUAAGAUUGUCCCGGGCUCCUUUGGCACCCAGGCCAUGCAGGUUGAAGACGAGGAGAUGGGAUCUGAGGGCGACAGCGAGUCUUUUUUAGAGGAAGGCUCCGCGGGUUCAACUACUGAGCAUGACGAUGACUACGUCACCGAGAGCCAGCGAUCUGGCGACUCGAUAGUUGGAUCUGAUGAGGAUCAGGCAAUGGACAUGGCGGGUUCCUUUCCCAAUCUUCAUCGCACCGUGGAGCAGGAUGACGCUCAGAGCACCGGCAGUGAUCUGGACGCAACCCACCCCCUUUCGAAGCCCUUUGGCACCCCCGGCAAGCCACGUCUCGACCUGAGUGGCGACUGGGCAGAGCAGCUUCAGCGAACCAUCAGCCCACGCAAGCAAAACCGUGAUGCACUUCGCGAGAUUCAGGCCAACGCCUUUACCGACCGACCCCUACUGAACGACGGAUCGCCGGCCGAGAAGACAACCGUUUCUCCCAAGAAGGGUUUCUCGAACAGUAUCGACCUGAUGAACUCUCUCUUCCAGCAGCAGCCGCGGAAGCAGAACGCACCUACUACGCAGAAGGCGUCCAAGUCCCAGCCCAAGGGCUUUGAGUGGCCUUACAACAAGCAACCCAAGACCUUCGCCGGCGAUUCGACGCAAAUGGACAAGACCGAUGCUGCUUUCCACGACUCUUUCAAGCCUCGCUGGGGUCCUAUGGAUUCGAUCGUUUGCGCCAAGAAUGACAUUACCGGACCUUUGUCUGAGAGCAAUCAACGCUGGAAGGAGCGUUUUUCUGUCUUCAGCGAAGGGCGAGAUGUUGCUGUGUUGCAGUACAGCCAGUCCCGCACUUCAAACAACUUGCUUGACGUACAAAGGAAGCAGUCCGCGAUCCAACGUGUUGACGGCACUCCCCGGGUCCGCAUGGCCAAGGCUGACCUCCGUCAAUUUGCCCUUGCCCCGGCUCAAGACGAGGAGCGAUUGGUGUGGCAGCUGGCCCAUAUCUUGUUCAAUGACGAAAUCGAGGAUGACAUUUCCGCCAGCGUACCACCACAAUUGCGGGCAAAGUUUGCCCACCGAAUUAAGAAGGACCGGUUGACUCGUCUUUGGGAAUCCGUUAUUCGUGGACGACACGCUCACACUCUCGAUGCCAUUCGCUCGCCCGAGGAGCGAGCUGUCCACCUGCUUUGCUCGCACCGUGUCGACGAGGCCUGCAAGACAUUGGUUGACAGUCAAAAUUUGCACUUGGCCACCGUGGUCGCACAGAUUGGCCGCGAUGCUACCUCGCGGUCCGACAUUUCGAGUCAGAUCGACGUCUGGCGCCAGAAUAACGUUUUGUCGGAGAUGAGCGAGCCAAUCCGUGCUCUCUACGAGCUCGCUGCUGGUAAUGGCCUUCGGAGUGAAGGCAAAUCGGGAGGUGCGCUUGAGGACCGGGCUUCUUCCUUUUCCUUCACCGAGCGUUUCGAGCUUGAUUGGUUCCAGGCGUUUGGUCUUCGUCUCUGGUACGGAACUAAUGAGGACGAGCCGAUUGAGGCUGCUGUUUCCAAGUUCCUCGAUGAUAUCGCUACUGGACUUGAGCCUGCUUUCCCCUAUCCUUCUCGCCACGCUAGCACCCGCGCAACUUUGCAGCCUGGUUCGGAUACCCUGGGUCGUGAGUCUCCCUUGUGGGUUCUUCUGAAGGCGUACUCGGCGGCUUCUGGCCGCGCCAACGUUCCGCCUGUCCAGCUGCCUGCGGCUCUGCUGCCAGAGUCGGUGGCGGGUGAUCGUCUCACGAACCGUCUUUCCUUCCAGCUUCAUCAUGUUCUUGCCGCUGUUAUUGGGCAGAACGAAGCUGUUCAGGUUGAUCAGACCCAAGUUGACCAUCUUGUCUGGGACUACGCUUCCGAGAUUGUCGCUGGUGGAGAGCUUGCCCCGGCGCUCUUUGUCCUUCUACAUCUCUCGCAGGCUGAAGAUCGCAAGCGUGCUGUUCAGGAUGUCCUUGCUCGCUUCGGUGCCACUCUCCCCAACCCCACUGCUGAGGAUGGAUCGACUGCCGAUCCUGCCUGGCUGAACCUUACCGCUGAGCUCCAGCUUCCCGAAGCUUGGAUCUGGGUUGCCAAGGCUCUGCACGCCCGCGACUGUGGUGACGCUGCUCGCGAGGUUGAUUGUCUCAUCCGUGGCAAACACUGGAAUGACGCCCACACCACCUUCUGUAGUAUCGUCGGCCCUACCGCCGUCAUCUCACGUGACUACCACACGCUCGAGCGACUGGUCUCCGGCUUUGGUGACGGCCCCGAGCGCAAGAUGCGCGGCUGGGCUUCUGGCGGUGGCAUUUACGAAGAUUUCUUGCGCUUGGCUACUGCGCCCCGUGGCCGGCGUGACCCGACUCGCCUAAGCCGACUUGUGAAUGCUCUUGUCGAUAUGGGCGAGCGUACCCGUAAUCCCAAGGGUAUGCAGGGAUUGGAGGAGAGCGUGGCUUUCAAGGAGAUGAGCCGCACUGUUGCUGGAUGGAUUACCCACGAGGAUGUUCAUUCUGUCGAGUCGUCUGCUAUUCUCAGUCUCCCCCUGAACGGCGACGCGCGUGUCCUGCAGACAGCGGAGAUGAGUCGUCGCUAUUACGGAAUCAUCAUGGCGGGUGGCCAAUAG